CAGCUGAAGUACACAGGCAGUGAGGAUGAUUUACUCUCCAACAUGGAGACGCUGAGCUUACUGGGUAGUGCCACCACACUGGCAUCCAGCAUGGUGGAGAUGGAGGUUGGCACGGAAACCAAGGCUGGAGACUCAGGUUCACUAGAGACGCCUGACUGUCCAUUCAGAGAUGAGGCCUCCCCAGACCGAAUAGCCCAGAGCGGGGCAGACAAGCAGGAGGAUGCGGAGCAGUAUGAAGAAAGUCCAGAAUUUGGUGGCAUCAGCAACAUUGAUCUGGAGAUGGAACAGAUAUUUGCGAACAUGGAGUUGUUGCAGAAGAAAGCCCCUGAAGAUCUGGGUGCCAUUGUGGAAGAGCCCUCAUUUCAACUCGGAGCUGUGAGCGAGGGUGACUCCCUGCUGGAUGUUUAUGAGGACACCGAUGUUGAAGUCUCCGGGAUUUCACUGCUGGAUAUUGCCUACGUUAACGGAACGGAGGAAAGUCAGACCUGCAACAGUGAAUCGUCUGAAGACAACGACCUCCAGAGGCAAACGCAGGGCGUGGGUGAGGCGGGGCGAGAUGCCGAGGGCUCUCGAGGUGUCUGCACGUGCUCUGGAAGUGUCUGCACGUGCUCUGGCGGUGUCGGCACGUGCUCUGGCGGCGUCGGCGCAUGCGCUAAUGGAAGGCGGGCGUGUGGAGGCGCUGCUUGUGAGGACCAGCACAGCUCCCGCCAUGACGGUGAGGAGAGCCAAUCAGGGAGCGAGGAGAGUUUCAAACUUAACGGCUACCCCGCGGCGAUGGAAUCGGAAAGUGCCGCCCGGGGGGAGAUGGAAGAUAGUGGACACUCCAAUGGCUUGGCCGAAGGGGCUGGGGUUAUAAAGGGCUCGCUCCGGGUGGAGAAUGACCGGCUGCUGAUCGAGAAGAUUAAGAAGUAUUAUGAGUCGGCGGAGAUGGCCAACGACCAGUCCUACCUUCAGCGGAGGGAGAGCAUCUCCUUCAUUCCGACCGGCGUGGUGAGGGACUCCAUCCUGCGGUUUAAUUACCAGAGCAUUCCCGAGGGGCCGAGCGGCAAGGCCUCCGGUCACUCCCGCUCGGCGGUCAGCGGCUCGGACCCGCAGACCCCCCCGGGGGGCGGUCAGCUCCCGCUGGGCUCGGCCCGAGUGCCCGCGGCGCCUGGCGCAGCCGCCGAGCCGCCGGCGGAGUUCAGAUCCUCGGCGGAGAUUAUCAAGGUGUGGCGGGAGAUGGAGAAGGCGGCCCACUUCUGUCACCAGCACGAGGCGUGGGGCGGCUGCAGGAAGGCGGUGGCCGAGAGCGAAGGCCCCCCCGGUCCCCGGUACACCGAGCCCCUGCUCAUCGUGGAGGACUCCGACCUCCGGCCCUCCACAGACUUGCCCAAAGCACCGGCCGACGUGCAGGAGGGGAACCGGAGGGACCGGGGCCCCGAGGUGGAAGCCAGUCGGGGCGACGAGAGCCUCCCGGCUGGCCGGGUGCCCUGUACUCCUUGCUGGGCCAGCCACGGCCUGCCCCGCUGCGGCGGCCUCCACAGCUGCCUCCUCCAGAGCUCGGAGAAGAUCAUGAGCAGAGUCCAAGUGCUGGCCCAGAUGUACAGCCAGCGGGUCAGCAGGAGGAAGGCGGCGAUGCCGCGGAGGAUCUGGGAGCUGGAGCCCAAGGCCAGAGCAGAAGAGCAGCCGCGGAGGAGGAGGCCAGGGCUGAGAGUGACCAGAGCCCGUGAGGAGGUGUACGUGGAAACUGACGAUGAAGUGACAGCACUCCAGCACCCAGGUCCGUUUGGACAUGUGGUCAUUCAAGAUCCAACCCCUCUCCUCUACGCCCAGGAGAACAUUGUCCAGCUCUCCGUUUCCAAAGCCAAGUCUGAAAUCUCCAGCCUGCAGCUACGCGAUCCCAGAGAAGAUGCAUCAUCACAGCAAAGAGCCAACUCAAUAGCACGGGACAUCUCCUCACUGGAGAACUCCUUACCCACAAGCCCUCAAUCCCCCAACAUUACCUCCCCUGACUCGCUGCCUCUCGGGGUCAGCACUGAGCUUCCUUCUUUCACUCGGAUUAGCUCAGGACCCCUGUCACUGACUUCCACACCCCCUGGUUCCUCCUCAGCAAACCUUCCUGUGUCUGGAAUUGGCCCCUCAUUGACAACAGGUCUCACAGCGCAGUCACCUACCUCAGAAUGUCUGGCUCACACUCAGCACAGCCCACUCCCCCCGUGUAAGACCAGACCAGUUCCUCCCCCCUCCCAGACAGGUCCCAGAGCAUCCUCCCCUCUCUCUGGGCGUUCCAGCCCACUGCCCUUGGUCAGACACAUGGACCAGUCUCUGGUCUCGGACUGGUCCGAUACGGCACCAAAGGGAAUUUUACAAACAGGCACCAAGAGGACAAACCCAAAAACUCCGCCAUCCCUCCCUCAAACUCCCGACCACUCUCAGUCACCGUCUCUGCUGCUCUGUAACCCUCUGGAACAGACCCCCCAUUCUAGUGCUCUCAAGGGGUGUGGUGUCAGGGAACACCACCCCAAGGGAUGUGGUGUUGGGGAGACCCGCCUAGGUAGGUGUGGUUUGGAGGUGCCCCACCCUCAUGGGUGUGGUUUGGAGGAGCCCUACCCUGGUGGGAGUGGUUUGGAGGAGCCCCGCCCUGGUGGGAGUGGUUUGGAGGAGCCCAGCCUGGGUGGCUGUGGUUUGGAGGAGCCCUGCCCUCGUGGGUGUGAUUUGGACGAGCCCUGCCCUGGGGGGUGUGGUUUGGAGGAGCCCCGCCCCCAGGAGGGCGUAGCCGCUCAUCGGGGCAGGGGCUCGGUAGCUCGUUCGUUGUCGUGUCCGGUCCCUGGUGCCCCUCACGAGGCCGCUCUGCCCAAGCCUGGCAGCCCGCUGGCGUGCGAAGGCUCCGAGUUCUGCUGCUCGCUGCCGCCAUGGGUCAGCCUCCGGGGCAGGUCCCCAUCCCCCUCUGCCAUCCGGCAGCUGGAGCAGUCCUCCAGGGGCACCGCCAACCUAGGCCGUGCCACCCACACCGUCCAACCCUCACCCACCAUGGGCCCUGAGGCCAAGCCUCCGCCUUCCCCUCUGCCAUCGCGGACAGACCCCUCCUCGCAGGUGUGCCCGCCCUCAGGGCCCGGGCCCCUGAGCUCCGGGAGCCGUGCGGGAGGUUCGCCCGGUCCAGGGGUGGUUGGCAAGCCCUGCUGUACCGUGAUCCCAGGGGACAGUGUGGAGACCCAGCCUCUUUCGCUGAGCCUCCGCCUACGAUCACCUUCCCCUUAUCGACGUCAGCAGUGUCUGCGGGUACCGGAUACAAUGGGCGCCAACCCACGUGAAGAACUGCCAACGUUCAGCAAUCUGAGGCCUGCCUCCCUCCAACUGUGCCCAGCCAUCGGGCCCACGGUCCACUCCCCUCCACCCCGUGCUAGCUCUCCACCGGGGCAGGCUCCCUCCCUGUUGGCUACAAAUCCUCGGUCACCUUCUCCGGCUCUUCCUGUCCCCAGGCCUCAGUUCCCAAGAGGGAGCAUUAAUUCCUUACCUUUGCCUGAUGGGCCUCAGGUCUACCACUCUGACAAAGCGGACCAGGCCCGGUUUCCAGACUCCGACCUCGGGGUCUGCUUACCUCCCCCCACGGUCAGAUCCUGGUCAAACCGAGGCUCCUCCCUGAGGGGGUGCGAGGAGCCAGGUACACCCUCCAGGCCUCACUCUCCCGGCGAUCGGAAUGUCCCGGAACCAGCGCCGAGGUUACGUUCCCCCUCUCCACCGUCUGGAUCCCCCUGGCCGGAGUCCUCCUCUUCCCAACGUUCCGUGUUCCCGACACAAUCUGACAGAAAGCUCCGGGAACGGCGCCCCUCGGAAGACACAGAGUUACCGGAUGCAGUGGUCUCUCCUGGGGCCGGCUCUGCGCUGUGCUCGUCCGCUGAUGAUCCGGAACUUUCCGUCAGCCCUCAGCCUCGCGCCAGUCCAGGGUGCCAGCCCCCAGUGCGCUCCGAGACCCCCAAAGAUCCAGCGCCCUCGGUCAGGGGCCGGUCGCUGACCUCUCCGUUGGCAACAGCCCCUGCCUGGGCACUCUAUUUGCCGACCCGAGGUCACUCAGUCGAGGUCUUCUGCCCCAUGCCCUUCCCCAGGCCCAGGGUUCACUCCCCGGUGUCUGUCACGAGGCUUGACUUCACUUCCCCAGAAAUGUCCACCUCCAGGUGUCCAUCUCCAUCGCCCUCCCAGAGCUCCUCAAGGUCGGGCUCUCCUACCCCGCCUUGGGCUGGACGGCAGAGCCAAUCGCCACCCUCCUCAUCCUCCGACUCAUCGCCGUCCUGUCAGAGACCCACAGCAAUGUCCCCAGUGCCCUCUCCUUCCAGCCCAGGGACUGGGGCCUACCACUCAGUGAUUCAACAAAUAGCCAACGGCUCUUGUGUUGGUGUCAAGGACCAAUGGGGCACCCCGUUGGGCGGUAGUGUUGGCAAAGACUGUGCCCAAGUGCGAUUGGAGCACAGGGAGCAGUCCUGCCCUGUCUCUCCCCCUCAGCCUCGGGCCGGAGGUGAAACUAUCCGGUGGACUGAGGGUCUAGAUUCUGUGGUGUGUCCCCUCAUCAGCCCAGAGCCAGUCUCCAUCGUGGGACCAUCUCCGUGUGGCCAGGAGGCUGAGACAGAGGACGGAGACAGGGAGAUGUUUACGGGCGUGGGGUCGGCUCACCGUCCGAGCACCAACCCUAGCAGCAGUCAGAUGGAGCAGUGCCAUGUUCUGAGGCCUGGCAGGGAGCUGGGCAGAGAGAAAGGGAACAUAAAGACCAGCUAUUCGACCACAGUGAACCUGCAGAUUGGGGGCAGUGGGAAGAGAGCGACUUUCAGCAGAGCUCAGGUCAGUCUAACCCAGAUGUUCCUCCCAGCGGCUGGCCAGUCAAUCAGGAAGGUCAAUGGGAGCAGUGGGACCUCCCGGACAACGUGAUGACAGGCGGACAGCUUCAAACUGCCAAAGAACCUCAUUUUUAUUCCAUUAGAGAACGUCACAAAGAGCACACACACACACCAACGAUCUCUCUCUCACUCACUCACUCACUCACUCACACCAACCAACUCUCUCUCACACACAC